AUGGGACGAGCGGGCUUCAGCACCAAGGAGAGCGGACAGAUUCUUCUACUCGGUGCGUCGCUGCUGCUGCUGCUGUCGGUGUCGGUGGCCGAGCUGGAAGGGGAGAACCUGUCGGGUCUGUCGACCAAUCCCGACCGAGCCAUCUUCGCCGUGCGGGAGAACGCCACCACGUGUCUGAUGGUGGAGUUCGCCGUCAAACUGCUGGUGCCCUACGACGUGCUGGCGCUCAACCGCAUUGACCUGAUCACGGAGCAGGCAUCCUUCACACUCCCUCGCAGCGCUCACAUCGACGGCAAGUGCGGCAGCAGCGAGUCGGAGAUUCACAUCAGCUGGAAAAACGACGCCUACGUGCUGCGCAUUUACUUUUCCAAGGAGCUGCGUGCAAAAGGCGCGGAGGUGUGGAAGAUCAGCAAGGUCCAGUUCGUGUACGACACAUCUGAAAGUUCUCACUUUAUCAACGCCUACAACCCGGGCAAGCACACGGCGAGUACUCACCGCCUGUCGGCGCUGGUGACGCCGGCCGGCCGUUCGUUCGUGUGUACGGCCCAGCAGACGCUGACGCUCAUCAGUAGCGAUCACCAGAAGGGCGUCACCGUCAGCAUGUACGACAUCCAGAUUCAACCCUUCGACAUGACUGCCGAUUUUGUCUUCAGCGAGCCAUACAAGUGCAUCACGGACCAGCGCGAGCGACUCGAGGAGACGCUGCCGCUCAUCCUGGGCUUCAUCCUGGCGCUCAUCAUCGUCAUCACGCUGACCGUCUACCACUUCCACCUCAAGCUGAGCGCCAGCAACACGCCGCCGCAGAUGCCGCGCGAUCGCUCCAUGUACAAAAACAUGUAG